UCAAGAAUAUUAGCUUUUCCAUGUAUGUAUAAAGUACGCAAGCUUAAACGAGAAAUCCUAUCUCACCCAAAACCUAUGAUCAUGCCCUAACGUUGCCACUCGAAGGGAGAGAGAAGCAAGAGAGAGACACGAUGGCGAGUUCAUCGUCGGACGAUUUCUCGGUGUUGGUAUUGGCGUCCGAUCUGGGCAUAGACGCUCGUCCCUUCUUGUCCCCAUCAGAGCGAGAAACAGAGGCCCCUGAAGAGAACUGGCAUGACUGUCCUUCGGAUUUUAUCUCCGACGAAGACUUCUCCGAUCUCGACGUUUUGCAAUUCUUUCGCCUCGAACGUGGCUCCGACAAAUCCGGCAAUCGCAUCUUCCGCAUCGUCGGAAAAUACUUCCCUGCUGUGGUUAUAAGUGGGGAACGGUUGAAGAAGUAUAUCUUUCACAAAAUAUUCACUGAGAUGCCAGAAGGGCCGUUCUGCAUUAUUUACAUGCAUAGUACUGUGCAGAAGGAGGAUAACUCUCCUGGUGUGACCAUCAUGAGGUGGAUCUAUGAAGAGCUUCCCCCUGCUCAUAAGGAGAGGCUUCAGAUCGUGUACUUCAUUCAUCCUGGGCUCCGCUCAAGACUUGUCUUUGCCACUCUUGGCCGAUUCUUUUUAAGCGGAGGCUUAUAUUGGAAAAUCAAGUACGUUAGCCGCCUGCAAUACCUGUGGGAAGAUAUAAAGAAAGGAGAGGUUGAUAUCCCCGAAUUUGUGCAAAAUCAUGAUGAUGUUCUAGAGCAUAGACCAUUGACAGAUUAUGGGAUUGAACCAGAUCCUCUCCACCUUACUGAGAUUCCUUCCUCAGCCUACUCAUAUGGGAGGUAUGAAGAGAGAUGGACAAGUAGACAGUUUCUGUCUUAAUGUUGCUGUUACAAUAGACAUGGGCCUUGUACAGAGAAUUGGUGAUAUUGUGUACUAUAUUUGAAAACUUAAAUCCUUCUUGCUUUGAACCUAAAACUCGAGUGUAGGUUACAAUGUAUUCAUUGUAGUGAAUGCCCAUGAUUAAUAACCUUUUUAUCUCCUGGGAAGUGUGUUCUGUACUUUUUUCAUUGUCAUUUAUAUUCUAUGUCUAUAAUUUGUAGAGCUAAAACAUUGACUUGAAUUGUUGAUUGCUUAAAUAAGGUUUCAAGUUAA